AAUAACAUGUAACCCGGCUGUGAAAGUUUUGUGUAUUUUCGUAAAACCGAACACGGUCAGUUAAUAUUUAAUUUUUCAUUUUGAAACGACCGUUGUUUUGUUUUGUGUCGAUGCAAUUUCGCAACUGGAAAUAAAUAAGAAACUUCUGAUCGAUUGUUCCUACGCCUUUUGCUAUCUAAAUAAAAUUCAGUUAUAACAAUGGCAGAAUCUCUGUUUGAUAUAUUUGGUGACCACCUCACGAAGCAAGCUGUAAAAAAUGUUUCCCGCCAGCCGCUUCACAAUAUUGAAAAUAUGGGCAAGAUGGUAUCUUCGGGUCCUGUUAAACCCAAUGAACCGGUAAAGAAAGGAGAAGUUAAGAAAUCGUUUUUGUCCAAUGCUGGAAAAGCGUUGCAGUUACAAGGCCUUCAAAUUACUAAUACGCCAGCUAGAAAGAUGUUUUCACCCAAAGCUGUGAAUGUAAGCUGUAUGAUUUAUAAUGACUCGGAAACAGAAGGAAAAGGCUACUCCAUGGAUGAACUGAAGUUUACCAAACCAACAUAUAAAUAUGACAACUACCACCAAGACUUGCUGGACUACCUCCCGAUCCCGGAGCCGGAGAUCAAACCAGAGCUGUCUCCCCCUAACACCCCUCCACCGGCCACUAAGAACUUCUCUAUGGAAUUUGACUGCUCAUAUCAAGAUGAAUUUUUCACAGAUGACUUUUCAAACGAGAGCAUUUUAGAUGAAGACCUUGGCCUUCCUGCUUUGUAUUGAUUUAUUUAUAAAUACUUGAAUAACUUAUAAUACUAUGUCAUGUUACUAAAUGUGGCUUCGUACCUAUUAAUUUAUUUAACAAAUUGAAAAAACUUCUUCUACUGACUGAGCCCAAUAUGUAAGUAAAAGUUAUAUCCAGCGUUGUAGCGUGGCACGCGCGACGACGUUUUUAUCGCGCGAAACUAAUAAAACUAUCGCUGUUUCGCUUUUUUUUAUGACGUGAAACUGGACAGUCAGCCGUGUGGUUCCUGGCACCAAUACAAAAAAGAGUAGGACUACUCCAUCUCUUUCCCAUGGAUGUCGUAAAAGGCGACUAAGGGAUAGGCUUACAAACUUGGGAUUCUUUUUUAGGCGAUGGGCUAGCAACCAUUUGUCACUAUUUGAAUCUCAAUUCUAUCAUUAAGCCAAAUAGCUGAACGUGGCCAUUCAGUCUUUUCGAGACUGGUGGCUCUGUCUACCCCGCAAGGAAUAUAGACGUGACCAUGUGUGUGAAACUGGACAGCGAUAGUUUUAUUAGUUUCGCGCGAUAAAAACGAUUGUUGCGCAUACCAUGCUACGAAGGCUGGCAAUACUUAUAUUGCAAUCUAUGUAUUGUAAAUGACAAAGAAACAUUUUGUUUAACAGUCAACCACACAUCAAGUUUUUAUAUUAUGUCAACUCGGCACGGAACUAUGACAUUGAAAUAAACACAAACCUUUAGUGAAUUUUGGCAACUUGAUAUACUGUUGAUUGUACAUAAAAAAACAGAGGGGUCAAGUUUCUAUGCAGGUGACUGUUUCAGACCAAUUUAAUAUAUUGUCAAUUUAUACAUAAACAAUUUAAUGGAAUGUAAGAUCAUUUCAGUCACAGACAUAGAUUUAGCUAGAUACCGCAAGUACAAUAUGUAUGAAAAUAAAUUGUGGCAAAUCUUCUACUUUGUAGUAGACUGGAUACGCUCGUAAUUCCACUCGAUCAAACAAAUAAAUCCCGUUUUUUUACCCGCGGGAUUUUCAGGAAAUGUUCUCUUCGUGCACUCCUAAAACAAAUAAUCUCAUUACCUUAGCCGAGCGAAUUUCGGGAAAUCCCCGCUCAGUGCGCCCCUAGACCAUAUAAAGAAUCUACAUGCCUUCAAGUCAAGACUAAAAGCGGUUUGGGCUGUGCAGUCAUCAGUGUCCUCUUUUAUAAGAAGAUAAAACGAGUUAAGACAAAAGAUUUUAUAAAUUUGGUUCAUAAUGAUAUUGAAUGAAACAAGUUUCAAAAAAGAUCCAUUAUUUUUAUCUCAUUUCAUGCACAUGAAGCUUCGUGUGAACACUUGUGCGGUCUAGCUAAACCUAUGUCAGUGGAUUAAGUUGAUGAGCUCACGGGGAUCUUGGUGGACGACUAAUUGACUCGCCGUAGCAUCUAUAAAAUAGUAAAUCUACCCAUGUACGAAGCCUGGGGCAUAAGUUGGAAUGUGUAAACAUAAUCCAAUAUGGGUUAGGCUCCUUUGCAAAGAUUAUAGAGGUCAAAUAGUAUCUGUUUCAAAUUGUGCUAAUUAAAAACAGAUUUAUUUCUCUGUGUGAAAACCUGACUUACAUGCAUAUAAUCACUUCUUUAUCCCUUACCGACGGGGUAGACAAACUAAUCAGGGGUAGGCAACGUUUAGCUGUAUGAUUUAAAGAUGGCAUUGAGAUUCAACUUGACUUACUGAGCCGAAAUGUGGUCAAAGGGGCAACUCUUGCUUGUCCGUUGAGAGGCGAGUGCCUAACGCCAGGUGGAUGAUUAUUACAUGUAAGUAAGAUAUAAUCUUUGUAGAUCACAGAGUAAGGGUUAGUUCACACCGAGACGCGACGAGGCAUUUGACGACGGUGUGAAUUGACCCUUAGAUGCUAUGUGUUGAAAAUUAAAUGCUACAUGAAUAUACAUAUGUUGUAAGUUUCUAAAACUACCUGUAUCCAACAAAUAGUAUAUUCCGCCUGUAUAAUAAA